AUUUGGGUUACCUGUGGUAAUGAGCUUGUGUUUCAAGAUGGAAGAGUGCGAUGUGUGAAGUGUAUAGGUCUUACGAAAACGAAUCUUUAAUUUCGGGAUGGAUGUAAUAGAAGAAGGACGUUCACGGCUCAUAUUAAAAGAAAAUGGCGUCCUAAAUGCAGAAGAAUCAGACUAUCCUGGAAGCUAUACCAUUGAUGAUAUAUGGAGCCAUGAAAAGUUCAAGAAAGUUUUUAUGGUGAAAAUAGUUAAGUACAAUGAAACAGAAAUGGAAUUUGACUUGAUUGGAAUACAUGCAGCAAUAGCAAAUGCUUUUAGAAGACUUCUUAUUUCAGAGGUUCCUAGCAUGGCCAUAGAGAAGGUAUUUGUUUAUAUCAACACAUCUCUAUUGCAAGACGAGGUGUUGGCUCACAGGUUGGGUCUUAUUCCGCUAAAAGCUGAUCCACGGUUAUUUGAAUAUAGACAACCAGGUGAUACAGAUGGAACAGAACAAGACACUUUGGAAUUUCAGUUGAAGGUAAAAUGCACCUGGAAUCCAAAUGCACCAAAGGAUUCCACAAGCCCUGAUGAUCUAUAUAAGGAUCAUAAAAUAUACACGAAACAUAUGAAGUGGUUGCCGAUUGGAGGUCAGGGUGACAUAUACAAGAAGAGAGAUGUUGGACCCGUACAUGACGAUAUUCUGAUCAGUAAGAUGAGACCAGGACAUGAAUUGGAACUGAACCUUCAUGCUGUUAAAGGCAUUGGCAAGGACCAUGCAAAAUUCUCUCCUGUUGCUACUGCAUUCUAUAGGCUUCUGCCAGAAAUAAUCCUUACCCGAGAUGUGGAGGGUGAGGAGGCUGAGAGGUUACAGAAGUGUUUUUCUCCCGGAGUUAUCGGUAUUGAAGAAUCUGAGUAUGGUAUAAAGAGAGCCAAAGUUUUGGACGCGAGGUACGACACUUGCAGCAGAAAUGUUUACCGAUAUGAAGACCUCAGAGACGCUGUUAAGAUGGGCAGAAUCAAGAAUCAUUUUAUUUUCACCAUCGAAUCAGUAGGAGCGUUGCCACCAGACGUCCUCUUUAUUGAGGCCGUGAAACUGUUAAAGAUAAAAUGUCGAACUUUCCUGGACGAGUUGAACCACGUUUGAUGCAGACCUGUUGAAGAAAGAAUCUGUUACAUGAAGAAUUGAUGGAAGAAAUGACAUUUUUUUUAUAUAUUUUCUGUAGAUUUAUUUUACUAAGAAUAAGAUUUGUUUAAGUAGUCUGUAAAAUAAAUUCUGAAGAUGGCAGUUUCUUUCGAGGCUUAGGCUGUUGGUAAUAAAACA